UGUCUCAACAAUCAUUGCAGCAGCAGAACAAUCUAUACUCCGGAGUAAAGGCAGGAGUAAGAGGAAUGUCAGGAAGAGGAGUCUGUUGAUACUGAUAUAAUGCACAAAGGGAGGUGAUGAGAAGGGAACUAAUGGGAAUGGAAGAAAUAUCACUAAUAGGACUACUGAAUAUGGGUGGAAGGACAUACCAAAGAAAGUUGUUUGACUAUUUAAGAAGCACAGGGUUGUUCGAUAGUAUAUGAGGGACGGUGUAUUUAGGGUGAAGAAUCAAUGUGUUCUAUUUAUUAUGGGGAAGGGAGUAUAUGUUUCCGUGUGGAACUAGUGAGGUGGUGACUCCAGCUAAGACACAACUGAAAGGGGGCGGUAAUGCGCCAAAGUAAUGGAUGCCAGAAGAAGACGAAGAAGAAGAGAAAGAAGAGCAAGAGAAAGAGCAAUGGCUCCUAGGAAAUGUUUCUUCGGGUGUGAGGGAAAGCUGAUUUUGUUUAGCCUUCCUAAAGAGGCAAGCAUCAGGCAGAAGUGGUUGAAAUUGCUGAUUCCCGAGCAGCAAGAGAUACAUAUGCUCAUCUGUCAACGGCACUUCACACGGGACCGUUUUGUGAACAUGGGCCAAUACGAAGCUGGACUAUCCGCCAAACUGUUGCUGAAAUCCGACGCCUUUCCAACGUUGCUUGGUCGUGUUGAAGAGUCAAAAGAGCUAGCUAGUACAUCACAACAGAUCCUGCCAAGGCCAAAACACAGACACGUGGGAUGCCAAACGGAGCCUGUAUCUACUGCAACUUGUGAAACACAGUUCAACCCUCACAUGGUAUCUGUUGGCACCAAGAUGUUGUUGUAUCCAGCCACAAAAUCUGUAGCCACACAGCUGUCCUACAGUACGCUGAGGCAACACGUGAGAAGCAAAGGGACCCAGGCAACUGUUUCAGUCCAGAAUGUUGGCACAGAGACUAGACAGCUGGACGCAGGGUUUCAGUUUUCUUCCACGCAAGUGAGGGGUUUUGCACCUUUACAGGGGGCCAGACCAGCAAAGAGACCACGCCUUGAAUUUGAAGAGAGCAAGAGCAAGGACGAGGAAGAAGAAACUAUUGUUCCACACGACUCAACAUACGAACCCAGUGACUUCAUUACAGAGCCAUCUGAAAUUAGUGGAAAAGAGUCAAGGACGGACUACAAUGAUGCAAAGUACAUUGUAUUUGAGAGCUGUCUGGUAGAGCUAUUCCAAACCUGUCCGGUGUGCAAGCGGGACUGCCAGGUGCAGCCACGGAGACUGGGGACAUAUGUGGCCUAUACUCAGCUUUGCCUGAACUGCCAGUAUACCAGAAAAUGGCAGAGCCAGCCAUUGAGAGGAAACACUCCUGCGGGAAACCUCCAAAUGUCUGCAGCUAUUUAUUUUACUGGUGGAUCCUUCAUUCAGGUGGACAAGAUAUUCAAAGCCAUGAAUGUCCAGAUGUAUAAUUAUGACACCUUCAGGAGGCAUGCCCGGAAUCUUCUGGAACCCGCAAUAAACCACAAAUGGAGAAAGGAUCAGCAGACUCUGUUUCAUAUUCUGAAACAGGAAAGCAGUAUCGCAGUGAGUGGAGCUAUGAGAGCAGACACGCCAGGACACUCUGUAAAAUUUGGCUGCUACACACUGAUGCACCUGGACAGCAACAACAUAAUGGACAUCCAACUUGUACAGAGCAAUGAGGUGAGCGGCACUGUACAUAUGGAGAAAGAAGGACUGAAACGAGGACUUGACCAUCUGGAAAAAAACAACGUAAAAGUGGAUUACAUUGUGACUGACCGCCACACACAGGUGCAGACAUUUCUGAGUGAACGUGGGAUCACCCAGUACUAUGAUGUUUGGCACCUUGAGAAAGCCUUGUCUAAAAAGUUGCAGGCACUAGCAAAAAACAAGGACUGUGCAGUGUUGCAGAGGUGGUUGCCUGCAAUUAAAAACCACAUGUACUGGACCGCCACGUCUUCAAAAUCAGGACCAGAAAAGGCAGCAAAAUGGAAGUCCAUCAUAAAUCACAUUCAGGAUGUUCACUCACAUGAUGAUCCACUAUACCCCAAGUGUCUUCAUGCUGACCAGCUCUCCACAGACUCCAGCAAGUGGUUUCAGCCAUGCACACUGCCCUUGCACAAAGUUGAAAAAUUAUUAGUCAAUAAAAGAAUUCUCCGGGAUGUGGAAAAACUAAGUGAACACCAUCAGACUUCUUCACUUGAGUCUUUCUAUAGGGUCAUUUUGCACUUUGCACCAAAGAAUGUUGUUUUCUCCUACAUUGGGAUGCUGUGCAGGCUGUACCUAGCUGCCAUGCAUUUCACUGAAAAUGCACAACUGGAACGAUCAAAAACUUUGGAGGGCAAAGCUGUGUACAAGGUCACCUUCCCGAAGUAUAAGAAGGGGCAAGCGACCGCGAAGCCAGUUAAAACAAAGCCAACUUUCCGAUAUGUCCGUGACCUGAUGAGGCUGGUUUUUGAGGAGGUUUUGGAGGACCCCACCAAGUACACAGAGGAACUCAAAGAAAUCCCCAUCCCAGACGAAGUCUGUGCACAGUUUGAGAGACCGUCGAAGGAGGAGGUGAUCGCCACACAUGUCUCUAGAUUCAGUCGAGGUGCGGAUAGCGGAAGCCACCGUAGCGACCAGAGGGAUCAGGAAACUCCUGGCAUAUCCGGCACACAACACACGACGGGAUGAUGACCCUGACAUGUCGACCCCGGUAUCCCCACCACCAGCUUACAAAAUGUUGCUGCAUCAGGUGAUGAUCUUUACAUACGACGUGUGAAUCCCAGGAGAAAUAGGUCAACCGUGUGCACAUUUGUUUGUGUAUUUUUUAUGUAAACAUGGUUACAGUGCACUUUAUAUUGUAAAUAAACUUAUUUACUUCUC